AUGGCUCAGGCAAAGAAGAGUGGUUCUGCCAUCAAGGAGGUAGAGACCAGAAGAUACAGCCUUGACAUUCACCAGCUCAUCCACGAAGUGGGUUUCAAGAAGUGGGGCCCUCAGGCACUCAGGGAGAUCUGGAAAUUUGCCAUGAAGGAGAUGGGAACUCCAGAUGUGCACUUUCACACCAGGCUCAACAAAGCUGUCUGGGCCAAAGGAAUAGGAAUGUCCCAUACUGUUUCCAUGUGUGGUUGUCCAGAAAGCGUAAGGAGGAUGAAGAUUCACCAAACAAGCAAGCUCUAUACGUUGGUAAUCUACGUACCUAUUACCGCUGUCAAAUAUCUACAGCCAAUGUGGAUGAGGACUAACAGCUGA